CAAAUAGGUUAUGUUUACUACGCAUAACCUCAAACUUAUUAAACCUAAAAUUUUAUAUUAAUAAAACAAGUUUAAAAAUGUUAUCAAGACUAGGAACAAUACGUUUAUUAAGAAUAUCGCAAUGUUUAAAAAUUCCAAAUUGUAACACAUCCGAUUUAAAAGAAAAAGAUUUAAGUGUUCAGCAACAAAACGAUUUAGUGAUAAAUAAGAAUUUGCUUCAAGAUGAUCUGGUGGAUGUUAAAUAUGAACGGAAAUCGGUUUUGGAAGAGUGUACCGAUGAUAUUUCACAUGUGGCUCCUUAUUUAAAAUCGUCAUUUAAUUUAGCAGCAUAUGUUAAUAAAUCGGAAACACUACAGCAAUUAAUAAAAAUGGGAGUAAAUUUACAUAAAAUUGAAAACAAAACCAAUGCUGCGCAGUUCUUAUUAAGUUUGGAUUUUGAGAGGGAUGUUAAAAAAUAUGUGAUGUUUUUCCAUGAUUUGGGUUUAACUGUAGAUGAUAUUGCCAAUGCUUUUACAAAGAAUCCUUAUAUUUUACAAAAAGAUCUUGAUAACCUAAAAGUAAGAAUUAAUUAUUUAUUAUACAAAAAGUUUAAUGAAGAUGGAAUAAUACGAAUUGUAUCAAAAAAUCCUUUUUGGUUAAUGUUUAGCACUGAUAGAAUUGAUAACAGAUUAGGAUUUUUUCAAGGAAAAUUCGAUUUACUUGGGGAUGAAGUAAGGGGUUUAGCAACGAGACAACCAAAAUUAAUCACAUACAAUCUACAGCAUGUUAAAAAAAACAUUUUUACUAUAAAAGAAGAAAUGGGGUUUAAUCCUGAUGAAAUGAAAAGCCUUUUAUUAAAUAAACCAAAUUUAUUUAUAAUGAAUCCUGAUAAAAUAUUAAAUACCUUCGAAUAUUUACACAAUCAAAUGAAUAUAACUUUAGAAACGAUAUCGAAAGUGCCAGAAAUUUUAACAUUUAGAGAGUUCCGAUUAAAACAAAGACAUCUUUUUUUAAAAGAAUUAGGAAGAGAUCAAUACGACCAAAAAAAACCCAAUUAUAUUUCACUUCCCACAUUAUUAACCGGUGAUAACGGCGAAUUUAGUGUAAAUGUAGCCAAAUCAUCACUUAUAGCGUUUAAUACAUUUUUAAAAACUUUAUAAAAUAGUCAAAUAAUAAAAAAAAAGUUUAAUGAAA